AUGUAUCAACUAAGUGCUACUUUACAGGGCCACACUCAAGAUGUCAAGGAUGUGGUUGUCCUAAGCAAUGAACAGUUGGGCAGUGUCUCUAGAGAUGGUAGUGUUAUGAUAUGGAAUCUAGGUACAGACGGCCAAUGGCAAGGUAUAGUAGUUCAGAAGAGAGAUCUCUUUGUGAACAGCUGUUGUUAUAGAUCUCAAGAUGCCAUUGUAUUUUACGGUUCUAAGGAUGGAUUGAUUAAUGGAGUGCCCGUAUAUGGUAAAUUGGGUGAAGAUCCCGUUUACACGUUGAUUGGACAUGGAUCAAAUGUAUGCUGCUUGAGCACUGACGGUGACAACGUUUUGAGUGGUAGUUGGGAUAAGACUGCAAAAGUAUGGGAAAAUGGCGUAGUAAAAUGGGAUCUACAGGGCCAUUCUGCAUCUGUCUGGGACAUUAAAGCCAUUCCUACAAUGCCAGGCCACUAUUUGACGGCUUCUGCAGAUAAAACAAUCAAACUUUGGCAAGGUUCACAGUGUAUCAAGACAUUUACCGGGAUUCAUGACGAUGUGGUCAGACACUUAGAAAUCAUAAAUUCUGAUGAAUUUGUCAGUUGUUCUAAUGAUGGUAAAAUCAAAAUUUCCAAUUUUCAAGGUGUGGUUCAAAGAACUUUAGAAGGUCACGAAAGUUUUGUGUAUAGCGUGAAAGCUUUCCCAAAUGGUGAUUUAGUCAGUUGUGGUGAAGAUAGGUCCGUUAGAAUUUGGACGUCUAGUGGCCAUUUGAAGCAAGUGAUAACAGUACCGGCGAUCUCUGUUUGGUGUGUAGACAUUUUACCCAAUAAUGACAUUGUGGUUGGUACCAGUGAUAGCAUAUUGAGGGUCUUCACACAAGAUGAGAAGAGAAUUGCCUCGCAGGAGCAGAUUAAAGAAUUCCAGGAACAAUUGCAAGGCUCCUCCAUAAACUCGCAAGUAAUGGGGGUCGAUGAGUCGAAAUUGUCACCUUUCGAAGUUCUACAGGCACCUGGUAAAAAAGAAGGCCAAAUUGUUGUGGUCAAGGCCCCCAAUGGAGUAGUUGAAGCACAUCAGUACUCUCAAGGUCAGUGGAUGAAAGUUGGUGAUGUAGUAUCUUCUUCUGGAAGUGAUCAAAAGAAAGAAUUUCAAGGAAAGUUGUACGAUUACGUUUUUGAUGUUGAUAUCGAAGAAGGCCAACCACCUUUGAAGCUUCCUGUUAACGCUAAUGAUAAUGCCUAUACGGUUGCAGAUCAGUUUUUGGCUCGUUACGAUUUGCCUGCAAGUUAUAGAGACCAGGUAGUGAACUUCAUCUUCCAAAACACAAGUGGAGUUUCCUUGGAUCCAACUGGAGCCCCAGGAGGUUCGGCUGUACCACAACAACCAGCACAACCAACACAGACAAUACAACCGCCACCACUUGCAGAGGGGCUCAAGAUUCUGCCCGUGAAGCAGUAUUUGUCACUCACUAAUUACAACCCAGAUUCCAUAUUCAUGGGAAUUACAAAAUUAAAUGCCAAGGAACAGACAUUUAGCGAUGAAGAUUUGGCCCAAAUGGGUACUGCAUUGCAUGACUUGGAACACAACUGGGAGGUCUUGUACCUUUUCGCUCUAACGAUGAGAUCUAAAUGGGCGGUUAAGACACCCGCAUACGAUAUCCUGAGAUUAGUUGUAUCCAAACUUUCUUCUUCUGAUGAUAUUAGUGAAUUUGUUGAAGAAGGACUAGGUAACAAGAACAUUGCAAUUGCCAUGCUUACAGUAAGAAUCUUUGCCAACUGCUUCCAAAACGAAAAAUGGGGGAUUGAUCUCUUGUCUUCUCCUAAAGUCUACAAUUCUCUCUUUGAAACCAUCGAAACUAAUUUUGAAGAUGCUAAGGCCCAGCAAUUACAGAAUUUGGCCAUAGCAGUUGCUACAUUGCUUUUCAACUACAGUGCUCUAAUAGUGCAGGAUCCUGUCAAAUUGGCUGAUGCAGUGGCACCCAUCUCUGAUGCACUGAAUACUAAAUUUGGUACUCACGAAACCUUCCAAGCUUCAGAAGAAGCCGCAUACCGGUUAUUGGUCGCCUUUGGUAACUUGUCCACGGUUGAACCUACUCUAAAGCAGUUCGCAGGCUCCAUCUCCUGGAUUAAAAACAUAAAGGCAUACUACGGGAACAUCCCCAGAUUUCAAGACAUUCUGGUCGACAUUGGAGCCUAA